AUGGACACCACCUGGGCCCCGCUGGUGCCUACAUCCAAGGCGACCGGCUCCGGCCCCGGCUCGCUCGGACUGGCCAACGUCCUCAGCAAGGACAGACUCAGCAUCUCUGCCUCUCGCGGCGGCACAGAGAGUGGCACCGCGCCCAACGCCAACGUCAACGAUGUCUCGCUUGACCCCUUUUCCAUCGGUACACUUCCCUCGACGGUGAUCCAACGCAUCCUCAGCUUCGUGCCCGUUUCGGACUUACGAAGCUGUGCGCUCGCAGCUCGUCCGCUCGCCCGCUUCGUCGCCGACGAGAGGCUCUGGGCGCAGAAGCUUGCGUACUUGCAGUACAGGCAGAUUCCCGGACGUCACAUCCGCUACCAACCGGACCUUUCUACAAUAGCCUCCUCCUCGUCCCGCAAAUCCAAAGAUGCUUCAUCACCACCAGAGCGGAAACACAGCACUUCCAGCCAUUCGAACGGCAACGAAGACGACGACGACUUUGGCGACUUUGAAGCAGCCACAAUCACGAGCCCUGAAGAUGAAUCCUUUGGCGGCUUCAUCUCUUCCAAGCCGGCGCAGUCCGGCCAGAGCUUCUCCUCCGCACCUGUCUUCUCGUACCGCGCAGAGUCUAAACUGCCCAUGCCCAGUGCAGAGACCGACUCGGCCUAUCAAACCUUCAAGCGCGUCGCUCUGACCCUCAAGCCGUUCGUUCAAAGCCUCCUCUUCGAAUCAUCCCCCACCGUGUCUCUCAUCUUUACCGACCCGAGCUUAUCUUCGCUUCCCUCGCAGGCAUGCACGGUCUGCAAUGUGGCGCGUUUCACCGGCCCGCUCGUGCUCGGAUCCUUCGCAAAGCCUGCUGAUCACCAAGUCUCAUCCAACGACUCGCAAAGCCUUGCAGCCGACACACGCGAUCAGGACCAAUGGAGGCUGCGCAUGCCCAUCAGAGAAGCCGCCGAUUACCUAGAAGGCGUCCUGCUCUCGGCAUUCGAGGGCGCAGACGCUCGCCGCGCAGACGCCCUGCGCGCUGGGCAGAGGGGAAUCGACGUGUCCAAAGCCAUCGAGCGCGCAGAGAGCGACAUGCACGAGCACGCAGACCUCGUUUGGAACCUGGCAGUCCACACUUCAGGCUCAUCCUCGCUUUCGUCGGGCAGCGCCAUUUCUGCAGCAGGCGAUGCCGACACCGCCAACUACAUGGAUCUCCUCGAUCAUCCAGGCUCCGCUGCAGCCCUCAGCUUCCUCGAGAAGCGCGAUGCCGUCUUCAGACCCACCGACCAUCGACCGGAAGCCAACUUUGUCACUGCGUCCAACCAGACCCGCCCAGCUUUGGACUUUACCGCCAUGGAUGCCUUCAUGACCGAGCUCUUGCAGACCUUGCAGACCGAAGGCUCGCUCGUCGCGCGCGUCUUCCCGCCAGAGCAGCAGGUCCUGCUCACCUUCGCCAGCCGCAUCGCCAACGAGGUCCUCGGCGAGUACAUCAUCGCUGUCCUCGCCAAGGCACGAUCCAUCGACAUCCAUCUCUACCUCCAAGCAGCGGCGGCCACCUUCUCGCAGGCUCUCAAGAUCGUCGAUACGCUCGAAAAGAUCGAGCCUCGUCAUUCCGACACAGUAACACCGGCACGAUGUCGCGCCAUCGUCUUGUCCAUGUUCGAGGCGCACCUCGACGAGUAUCUCCAGGAAGAGCGCGAUUGGGUGCGCAAUGCGAUGAUGGACCUGUGCUCCGAAGGAGGCGAAACAUCCUCGUCCGGGGCUGCAUCUAGCACGAGGACCUCGGUAUCGCGCGUCAAAGCUGCCAAGACCAUGGAUGCGGCCUUCUUGGCCAGCAACAAUCCAGCGCAGGUCAAGCGCAACGUGCUCAGCGGGUUCAAGGACGUGCUUCUGAUGCCCGUCACCGUGGUGCCUCGCGCAGCCGGAGCUGUCGGUGGCGCGGUCAUUCGCACCGCAGGCACUGGACUCAGUCAGCUCAACCCGCUCAAGUGGCAGCAGGGCGCUUCGAGCGGCGCACGCGUCGCCAGUGCGUCCGGCUCUGCUCUCGCUACGCCACAACGGGCAUCGACCCCGGCCAAUGCUUCCAACCCAAGCGAGACGACGGCCAACAACGGAUACGUAGACUUUAGCAAAGAGGUGCUUGGCGGCCCCGACGGCCACAUCAUUGGCGACGACGAAGACAGCGAUCAGGAAGACGCGCUAGUAUCCUCGACCAACGAGAAGCCGCGAAAUAUGGCAAGCUUCCCCGGUGAUAGCCUCCAGGACGAAUGGAACGAGAAGGGAUCUGGCGUCAACGGCCAUGCAUGGGGAACAGCAAGCGGAGACUCGCAGCUCGAGCCUCGUGCUGCAGCCCCAAAAACGAUCACAGAAGCGUCGGUCUCGGAACAGGAGUCCAAAGUGGAAGCAGUUUCCUCUACAGACAACCAGCCGUACCGGCCUGGCAGGCUGCAGCUGCUGCUGUCGCUCGACACGGCCCUCGCGCUGAUCCAGGUGAACCGCGAGUCUCUCAAGAGGAUGGAAGCGUUCAUGGUGUAUCCCGAUUCCACGUCCAACGGGCGACGCGUCAAGGAGGAGAUGGAGGAGGUCUGUCUGUCCUUGUUCCAGGUGUUGGGAGAAGAACACAUCGCGCCGGGGUUCAACAAGGCGACGGAUCAGAUCAAGCAGUGGAAUCCCUUGUCGGACGGAGAUGGCACGUCGAAUGGCGCUGGGUCGGGAGCGGAAGCGGGAAAGGAGCAGCCUGCAGCCGAGGUGCUGCCGCUCGUGCAGUUCUUCGAGCUGACGCACAUUGCCGAUACCAUUUCGCAGCUGUGCUCGGUGUACUUUUCGCAGACGCUAGUGCCGGUGAUCAAGCUGGAUGUGGACGACUUUCUCAACUCGGUGGUGCGCGCCAAAAAGGCGUUUGAAGGCAGCCUGGACGAGUUUGUGGCGGGCGGAUUAUCGGUGUCGGUGGAUCUGCUGAUGAAGAGGGCCGAAUGGAUCCUCUUCUCGCAGCGGGAUCCACUCGACUAUGCAGGCCAAGACAUGACGAGGAUGACCGAGCUGGACAGCUCGACACGCGCCACACGCUCGACGAUCGAGCUGCUGCGCUUCCACUGCUCGCUGUUGGUGGGUGCGACGGACCGGGAGAUCCUGGACCUCUUCUACACCGAGGUGGCGUUGCGGCUGUUUGGCAUCCUGACCAAGCACCUCAAGUCGCUUCAGAUCAGCCAGACGGGUGGUUUCCAGCUGAUCUCGGAUCUGAACCACAUUGCAGCGUUCAUCGCCUCGCUCAAGUCUAAAGAGCCCGACAUCCCCAGAUUCUACAACUCGCUCAAGACGCUGGCCAACUACUACAUUGUGGACGGCAAGGAGCUCAUCUCGCUGCUCAAGAACAAGGAUGCGGCAGCCACGUCGGCUCGGGCGUCGGCGCGCGAGGACGGCUUUGCGUUUGGGCAGGAGGAGCUCUACGAGUUUCUCAAGAGCCGCACCGACUUUCGACAGAUCGAGAAGCAGAUCGACCACGAGAUCUUUGGCUUCAAGGUGUCCGAGGACUGUAUCAUUUGCUGA